GACAUGCAGAAAGAAGCUGAUGAAAUUUUGAGUCAGGUCCGCAAGAAACUGACAGAAGCCAAUAAAUCAAUCCAGGUGAUCAACAGUAUGAAAAAACUGCGGAAAUUACGUACUGACAGACUGGAGAGACAGGGUGUACUGAGUAUGUACGAGUCUCAAGGUCACAGCUCAACAAAUAAACUAAUGUUUGAGGCGAAGUUGUCCAACAUGAGAGAUUUACUGAACAAACAGUUGGAUAUAUACAAAGCAGAAGAAGCUGCUCUGAAGGUUCACCUUGAGACUGAGCAAGAAGAAACGAGAGAAAAAGAAAGAGAAAAGACAAGACUACGGAGGAUAGAGAGACAAAAACAGGAGAGGAAGAAAGAAGAAAACUGUUUAUUUGGCAGUCAAAAAGAACCUGUACCAGGUGACCCAAUAUAUCCAUUUAGACAAUACUUUGAUGCUGCUAACCAUAGUAUAGACUCCUUACUAGCUAUCAGGAGAGAGUGGGACAGUUUUCUUACAAGUGCAGAUAUUGGCUCUCGUAUACCUGACACCUGGGUCAUACCUGAGCAACCUUCUUCAGAACUAUGGGGAUCAGCUCUUAAAACGUGAUGAGCAGCUGACUGGAAACAACUGGAAAUAUGACUCUAGAUAGACUGGUUAAUCAAGUCCAAAGUCAUGAGAUGUCUUAGCUUAAAGAAAUAAGAGACAUGAGGGAUGCUGGAAAAGGAAACAAGCUAUUAUGUCGUUUUAAAAUGCUUUAAAUUUA